AUGGCAACUUUAUCAUCUGCUCGAGAGUGGUUUGAUGCAACUGCAACAGACCGAAAGAAAUUGGUACGAAAGACUGGAGUGCGAUCGUCUGAGCUUAAUCGAUUAUUGUAUUGGGACCCGGUCAACAACGUGGUGCUCGGAGUCAUGCAAAAUUGGUUUGAGGGCGUAUUACAACAUCACUUUCGAUUUCGUUGGGGGUUGAAUGGGAAUUGGGAAAAGGGGCCAAAGAGACAAAAAAGGGCGGAUCAGAGUGGAGCCGAAACUAGCGAUUACACUACAGAAGAGGAUCUUGGGGACAACGAUGACGAAAUCGAUGGGAAUGCUGAGAAUGACGCCAACACUAACUCGGAGGAUGUUCUUGAUGCGUUCUGGAAUGUCGGCCAGAAGAAAAAGCUAGUUGCGUCUGUUUUGGAGGUGGUUGUGCCAACCGGAGUCACACGAAUGCCCAAAGCAUUUGGGACGGCCAAAAAUGGAAAACUGAAGGCAAGCAAAUGGCAUACUCUCUUUACCAUUCACUUGCCUUUGGCGGCAAUGAGUGUAUUCAUCGACUCUACGGAUAUUGAUGAAUGUUUACUUCAGAAUCAGCGUGUAGCGGCCCACCGUUGUCAGAAUGAUACUGCGAUCGAUAAUUUUACCGCCCUCGUCUGUUGCACCAACAUCGUUAGCUCAGGUGAAGUUACUAGUCAAGACUCCGAUGAUUUCACCACCGAGUACAGAAGCUAUACAACGACGUCAAUGGAUAUUUUCCCCAAUGUCAAGAUACUUCCUAAUCAUCACUAUGCCCUUCACCUACCUCAGCAAUUUCAGUGGUGGGGGCCUCUGAUGGCUGUGUCCGAAUUUCCUGGGGAGAGAUUGAUCGGCCUUCUUCAGAAAUGUAAGACCAACGGUAGUUAUAAACAGAACAAUAUCACUAUUAUGAAAAAGUUUUGUCAGCUUCAACGACUAAAGACACAGCAUGGUUUGGACGGUGCACUACAGGAAGAGACAGUCAUUCGGAGUGGGGCCACAUUUGAAAUGAAUAAGGCUACUUACGAACAAAUCCUCAAAUUUUGUCGCCGAUCAACUCCCGAGCUACGUGCAAAUCAUGAGUUACCUCAUCCAAGAGAUGCAAAGGUGAUGUUUGAUUCAGCAAAGGAGAUCCGCUUGUUGGACUGUGGUCGAGGGAAGAAAGUUACACCCAAGGAGCCAAACAACAUGAUCAAGUAUGUGGGCGACGAUGGCGAGGCAAGAUAUGCGCAGGUGGUGGACAUAAUCGAACUGAUGGGUCAUCGGUGGGGCGGUGCUGUGAUCAUCAAGGUCAAUUCUGCAACGCAAGUCAGCCACUCGCAGCGUUUAUCAGCGGUUUUUGCCAAGCUCAAUGUGGUUCAAGUCCAGCUGGACCGUGCGGAGUAUAUCAACCCAUCUCAAGUUGUUGGGCCCUUAGCACACCGGAAACUUGCACCAGGCGGCUUUGGAUCUGCCCAAUUGAGCUACCUCAUCCGCCCACUGGGACUCUUGUCUGAAGUUGCAUGGCCUAUUGACAAUGAUGACAUGCAGAUCGACCCCUGA